AUGGCCACCCCUCUCCCCCUCCUAUCUUCCCCUCCCCAUGGCCACCCCUCUCCCCCUCUCAUCUUCUCCGCCCCAUGGCCACCCCUCUCCCCCUCCUAUCUUCUCCGCCCCAUGGCCACCCCUCUCCCCCUCCCAUCUUCUCCGACCCAUGGCCACCCCUCUCCCCCUCCCAUCUUCCCCUCCCCAUGGCCACCCCUCUCCCCCUCCCAUCUUCUCCACCCCAUGGCCACCCCUCUCCCCCUCCCAUCUUCUCCACCCCAUGGUCACCCCUCUCCCCUCUACCCCAUCUUCCCCACCCCAUGGCCACCCCUCUCCCCCUCCCAUCUUCUCCACCCAAUGGCCACCCCUCUCCCCCCUCCCAUCUUCCCCGCCCCAUGGCCACCCCUCUCCCCCCUCCCAUCUUCUCCACCCCAUGGCCACCCCUCUCCCCCCUCUCAUCUUCUCCGCCCCAUGGCCACCCCUCUCCCCCCUCCCAUCUUCUCCACCCCAUGGCCACCCCUCUCCCCCCUCCCAUCUUCUCCACCCCAUGGUCACCCCUCUCCCCUCUACCCCAUCUUCCCCACCCCAUGGCCACCCCUCUCCCCCCUCCCAUCUUCCCCACCCCAUGGCCACCCCUCUCCCCCCUCCCAUCUUCUCCACCCCAUGGUCACCCCUCUCCCCUCUCCCAUCUUCUCCGCCCCAUGGCCACCCCUCUCCCCCUCCCAUCUUCUCCACCCCAUCGCCACCCCUCUCCCCCCUCCCAUCUUCUCCACCCCAUGGCCACCCCUCUCCCCCCUCCCAUCUUCUCCGCCCCAUGGCCACCCCUCUCCCCCUCCCAUCUUCUCCGCCCCAUGGUCACCCCUCUCCCCUCUCCCAUCUUCUCCACCCCAUGGCCACCCCUCUCCCCCAUCUUCCCCACCCCAUGGCCACCCCUCUCCCCCUCCCAUCUUCUCCACCCCAUGCCUACCCCUCUCCCCCCUCCCAUCUUCUCCACCCCAUGCCUACCCCUCUCCCCCUCCCAUCUUCUCCACCCCAUGCCUACCCCUCUCCCCCAUCUUCCCCACCCCAUGGCCACCCCUCUCCCCCUCCCAUCUUCUCCACCCCAUGGUCACCCCUCUCCCCCCUCCCAUCUUCUCCACCCCAUGCCUACCCCUCUCCCCCAUCUUCCCCACCCCAUGCCUACCCCUCUCCCCCAUCUUCCCCACCCCAUGGCCACCCCUCUCCCCUCUCCCAUCGUCUCCACCCCAUGCCUACCCCUCUCCCCCAUCUUCCCCGCCCCAUGGCCACCCCUCUCCCCCAUCUUCCCCGCCCCAUGGCCACCCCUCUCCCCCUCUCCCAUCUUCUCCGCCCCAUGGCCAGGCCUCUCCCCCUCUCCCAUCUUCUCCGCCCUAUGACUAUCCCUCUCCCCCUCGUCCCCACACUCUCUGA